UCUCUCUCUCUCUCUCUCUCUCUCUCAAUAACCAUAUAUAGCCACACACACAACGUCGACCAGCUCAAUAACAUUUUACACAACUUUCAGAAUCCCCAAACCACCACCAAAAAUGGCUUCAGAGUCAAGCAGCAGCAGUAGCAGCAGCCCCAUCAAAACGGUGGUCGUUUUGGUGCAAGAGAACCGCUCCUUCGACCACAUGCUGGGGUGGAUGAAGUCGCUAAACCCAGAGAUUAACGGCGUCAUCGGAUCCGAAUCCAACCUCAUUUCCACCUCCGACCCGAACUCCACCCAAGCCUUCUUCGGCGACAGCGCCGCCUACGUUGACCCAAACCCGGGCCACUCCAUCCAAGCCAUCUACGAGCAAGUGUUCGGCGAGCCGUGGACGGAGGCCUCCGCUUCCAAAAAGCUACCUCCGAAAAUGAACGGUUUUGCCCAAAACGCUGAAAAGACACAGACUGGUCUUGCUGAGACGGUGAUGAAAGGUUUUAAGCCGGAAAACGUCCCCGUUUCAGCGGAGCUGGUUAGGGAGUUUGCUGUAUGUGACCGGUGGUUCGCUUCGAUUCCUUCUUCGACGCAGCCGAACCGGCAGUUCGUGCACUCGGCGACGUCUCAUGGGCUGACGAGCAACGACACGCAGAAGCUGGUCGAAGGGUUGCCUCAGAAGACAAUAUUUCAGUCGUUGGAUGAAGAAGACUUAUCUUUUGGGAUUUACUUUCAGUCCUUUCCUUCCACCCUUCUCUACAGGAACCUAAGAAAAUUGAAGUACAUCAAGAAUUUCCAUGCAUUUGAUCUGCAAUUCAAGAAACAUUGCGAGGAGGGAAAGUUACCAAACUAUGUGGUUGUGGAGCAAAGGUUCUUUGAUGUCUUAUCAUUUCCUGCGAAUGAUGAUCACCCAUCCCACGACGUCUCCGAAGGCCAGAAGUUUAUAAAAGAAGUGUAUGAAGCACUAAGAGCAAGCCCCCAAUGGAAUGAAAUGUUGUUUGUGAUAAUAUAUGAUGAGCAUGGCGGUUUCUAUGAUCAUGUUCCAACACCUGUUACGGAUGUUCCUAGUCCGGAUGAUAUCAUUGGUCCCGAGCCAUACAACUUUAAAUUUGAUCGUCUUGGUGUUCGGGUUCCAGCCAUCUUAAUAUCUCCAUGGAUUGAAGGCGGAACAGUGUUGCAUGGGCCUUCAGGGCCGUAUCCCUCAUCAGAGUUCGAGCACUCCUCAAUCCCAGCAACAGUUAAGAAGAUUUUCAAUCUCAAAGAGUUCUUGACAAAGCGUGAUGCUUGGGCGGGAACCUUUGAGGGUGUCCUGAGCAGAACUAGCCCAAGAACGGAUUGUCCAGUCACUUUGGGUGAACCUAUGAAACUACGAGAGACUGCAUCUAUUGAGGGGGCCAAAUUAAGUGAUUUUCAAGAAGAACUAGUGCAAUUGGCAGCGGCUUUGAACGGGGACCAUAGAAAGGAUAUAUAUCCAAACAAAUUGGUGGAGAACAUAUCUGUUGUAGAAUCUCUCAAAUAUGUGGAAGCAGCAUUUGAGAAAUUUUCAGAUGCAUGUGAGAAAGCCAGGGAAAGUGGGGCAGAUGAAUCUGUGAUUGUCGUCUGUGAAACCUCCCCUUCACCACCAUCGCACAAGUCGUUUGCUCAAAGGUUAUUUUCUUGUUUGGUUUGUGAUAACUGAUGACUCAAUUUGUUUGGAGCACCUAAAUUUCUUGGGUUUUACAUCCCAUUCAUUCAUGAAAAAUCAUUUGGACCAACAACGUUACCGGUCAUUAUUUUAUUUUAUUUUUUAAAAUAAGUAAUUUUUAUUGAUAAAUAAAACGAAAGUACAAGACAACUAUGUUGCGGGUCA